CGCCAAUGCUGUUCGUGUACGCUGCCAUGUUGUUGUUGCUGGUGCAUUGUGUGCCACCAAUAUCCUGCGAUUACGAGAAUACAUGGAAUUUUUACUACGAACAGCCGUGCUGCAGCAACGAGGUCACGAAUUAUGCGAAACAUAAGCGAG